AUGACGCCCCUGUACAGGCUCUGCAUUAACAAAACUGUGGACAACAUCUGCCGGCUUUCUCCAGAUCUGUUAGAAGAAGCAUGUCAGCACAUUCUGAUUUAUCUUCAAGGGCGAGCUACAGGAGUAGAUUCAGCUCAAAUGUCUGACAAAUUUCAGAGAGCUGGAGUUAGACUUGACCAUGAAGCCCUGCAGAACACGAUCAGAUUUCUGCUGUUAACAUUCAGGUCAGCUGGGAAAAAUAACUUGUCAGGAGAUGGCCUUGUGUUGAGGCUGGAAGAAAGCAGUAACAAGUGGUCCAAAGCUUCCCUGCAGGUGUUGCACAAGUUGUGGAGUGAACAUGGUGCAUCAGUCCAUGCUCAGCAGGAAGUCCAGGCCAUGCUCAGCAUCGGCCAGUUAGUGGACAUCCAGUGGAAGCUUGGGAUGGCGGUGAGCUCCGACACCUGCCGAUCUCUCAACUCUCCAUAUGUGUGUCUGCUGCUGAAGAUCGCUGAGCCCUCGGGACAAAUCUGCCUGAAGUCUUUUGAAAUGACCAUUCCACAGUUCCAGAACUUUCACAAGCAGUUCAAGGAGAUGGCAGCUGUCAUGGAGACUGUAUGAUGCCUGUAACACCUCAGUGCCUGUUGCAGCUAUUCUGUAGUCUAUAUGUAACCAGUGGAAGAACGGCUCGGCACCUGCGUUUGUCUGCUAGCUGUCGUAAAAUGUCCAUACGAUUUGGUGCAACUCUCAACUGUCAGCUUUGCCUUUAAGUUUUCCAUAUAUUGGAAAAACGUAUAAAUGAUAGUGAUAAUUUAUUCUUUGGUCCUCCUGCUUUUGAAAUAGCUGAAAGUGCCUGUUUUUGACUUUGAAUGAAUUAUUUCAGUGUACGUCCUUCCAUCAACUCAUCCAGAUAUCAGGACUUUAAUAUAAUGUGCAUGUGGUGUAUACGUAUGCUGCUAAUACUAAAAAUACAUGACUCAUGAUAUUAUUGUGCAACAUUUGUUCAUUAAUUACAGAAGGUAGACCAUUGAUGUGGUUUAUGUUUAUCAGUUUUCUUCUGGCUUUUUACUUGUUUUUACAUUUUCAUGGUUGCUAAUAUAUUGUUGUUUCAGAUCAAGGGUAAGAGGUUGUAAUUCUUCUGCCAUACAAUAUGAUGAAUGCUAUAUAGUUUGAAAUAAUGUUUCAAAUGUCAUAUAUGCUUUGCAGUACAAUUAUUAUUUUGAAAGUAUAAAUCGUCCAAAUUAACUAACCCUCGUUUCAGGUUCUGUCUAAAUUAUUUUGCUCUUUAUGGUUUUCUGUCAGUCUGCCUUUGUGAAGCAUUAAAUACUUAAACCUUCA